GGGACGAGGCCGAACUCCGGCUCAUCCUGGUCGGAAAGUCGGGCGGUGGGAAAAGCGCCACGGGCAACACCAUCCUCGGAUGGAAGGAGUUUGAGUCCGUCGUGUCAGCCAAGACCACCACCCUGAGGUGCCAGAGGGGGCAGGGAAGCUGGCAGGACAUGGAGGUCUACGUGGUCGACACCCCAGGCCUGUUCGACACUGACGACUACACGGAGAUCGUGCGACGGGAGAUCCUGGCUUGCGUCGACCUCUCCCAGCCCGGCCCCCAUGCCCUGAUCUUGGUCACCCAGGUGGGACGCUUCACCGCCGAAGACGCCGUCGCCGCCAAGUGCGUCUGGGAUAUCUUUGGGCCCAAAUCCGCCCGGCACACCGUUGUCCUCUUCACCUGCAUCCUGGCUUGCGUCGACCUCUCCCAGCCCGGCCCCCAUGCCCUGAUCUUGGUCACCCAGGUGGGACGCUUCACCGCCGAAGACGCCGUCGCCGCCAAGUGCGUCUGGGAUAUCUUUGGGCCCAAAUCCGCCUGGCACACCGUUGUCCUCUUCACCUGCGUGGAGGAUCUGGGAGGGACCCCCCUUCAGGAAUACGUCCGCAACGCCGACAACCAGAACCUGCAGGAACUGAUCCGCCGGUGCGGGCACCGCUUUUGCGGUUUCAACAACAGGGCGGUGGGCGACGAGCGGGCAAGGCAGGUCUCUGAGCUGAUGGCGAUAGUGAGGAGAACCGUUGUCGAGAACGGCGGGCGGUACUACGUCAACCGGCUGUAUUUGGAGCCCAACCUGAGGGACGCCAUCGUCCAGGGUUUCGUGGCGGAGAACCGCAACGCUCGCAAAAUGGCCAAAAAAGCUGGGUGGUCGAGAGAAAAUAUUAUCGUCGCGGCAAUCACCGCUCUCUGUUUCGUCGUCACCGUAUGUAUUAUAGUCCAACUAUCUUAA